AUGUCGCCGUCGCUCCCAUAUGCUGCCGACGUUGAGUCGCCGCUGAAGCCCGACGAACUCCAGGUCCUGCGCGCGCAAUACGAAAAGGAAGGCGAAUAUGUCGGCCUGCAGACCAAGUUCAACUACGCAUGGGGCCUGAUCAAAUCGAACGAUCGCCCCGACCAGCAAGAAGGCGUGCGCCUGCUGUCGGAAAUCUUCCGUGGCUCGCGUGAACGCCGUCGCGAGUGUCUGUAUUACCUCGCGCUGGGAAAUUACAAACUGGGCAACUAUGCGGAGGCAAGAAGAUAUAACGAGUUGCUGUUGGAGCUCGAGCCGGCAAAUCUGCAGGCAGGGAGCUUGAAGGGGCUUAUCGAUGAGAAGGUUGCGAAGGAGGGCUUGGUAGGAGCCGCGAUUGUGGGCGGUAUCGCUGUCGCUGCUGGGUUGGUGGGGACUCUCCUGCUGAAGUCCGGCAGGAGAAGGUGA